AAGUGGGCUGAGCCAAUUCCUGCUCUGCUUUCCUGUAAGAUCACAGCACACAUUACAAGUUGUGCUCGAAAGGGUGAACACCACAAUGCCACCACCAUCUGGGGAGGAAAACGUCUGAAGUUACUGCAGGACAGAGAAACCUCUUAAAGCAAGCACACACCCACCCCGGUGGCUGGACUGAUUGAGACCUGCCUGUUUGCCUUUAUGCUGAACUGGCUUUCAAGGUGGCCCAAGACUGCUCGGUGGAAAUAAGAGAUUGUUCAACUGGCUGACAAGAAGCACAGUGUAGAUCUGGGACUGCCUGCAACUUAAAUCACAAACAAGAGCGACAAAAGGGAAGAUACAGCUACACUUGUUUCGCUUUCAAGAGGACUGCGUUCGGAGGACAAUUUUCUUUUCACAACUAUACAAGGUACGGUCUUGACAAACGUUCCUCUCAGCCAGAAUACAUAGCUCAGAGUUUACCUUAGGACUGAUCUGGGCAGGGGGACAGGAGAAGGAGCCUAAACAGGCUGUACCUUUUCAGACUUUAGAAGUGCUUAAUGAAUUGAGAAAACAAUGCUGUCACCGCAAUAAAUGGAACCAAACUAUUUCUUAUAACUCAACCAAAGGAAGUUGCAUUUCAACAGACACAGUUUUUGGUUCCCCAUUUCCAAUUUCAAUUCAAACUAACUGGGGAAUAUCUAUUAAGAACUAAAUGCACAGAAGUAAAACACAAGCUGUUUACCAUGUCAAACACCACCAACAACUGUAGCAUCGAUGACAGCUUUAAGUACACACUGUACGGCUGUGUGUACAGCAUGGUCUUUGUUUUGGGACUGAUCUCCAAUUUGGUGGCCUUGUACAUCUUUAUGUGCUCGCUGAAGCUGCGCAACGAGACCACCACUUACAUGAUGAACCUGGUAUUCUCCGAUCUGAUCUUUGUCUUCACGUUGCCUUUCCGGAUCUUCUACUUUGUUACCCGCAACUGGCCGUUUGGGGAUAUGCUCUGCAAGAUCUCCGUCUCCCUUUUUUACACUAACAUGUACGGGAGCAUGCUCUUCCUCACCUGCAUCAGCGUGGACCGCUUCUUGGCCAUCGUGCACCCGUUCUGGUCCCGGACUCUGCGCACCAAGCGUAAUGCCAAAAUCAUCUGCUGUGCCGUUUGGGCGAUGGUGCUCGCAGGAAGUUUGCCUACUGGCUUUCUUCUCAAUUCCACAGCUACGCACAAUAAAGACACAAACAAAUACUCGUGUUUUGAGAACUUCUCAAGUAGUGUAUGGAAGGAAUACCUGUCCAAGGUGGUCAUCUUUAUCGAGACGGUGGGGUUCCUCAUUCCCCUUAUCCUUAACAUCUCCUGUUCUGCCAUGGUCCUGCAGACCCUCCGCAGGCCCAAAACCCUCAAGUGGGGAAAGCUAAACAAAACCAAGAUCCUGCGCAUGAUUAUGGUUCACCUCUUUAUCUUUUGCUUCUGCUUCGUGCCCUACAACAUCAACCUGGUGUUCUACGCCCUCGUCCGGACUCAGGCUCUGAAGAGAUGCUCGUUGGUGGCUGUCGUCCGGACCAUGUACCCAGUGACGCUGUGCAUUGCGGUUUCCAACUGCUGCUUUGACCCCAUUGUAUACUACUUCACUUCUGAGACCAUCCAAAACUCCAUAAAAAGGAAAUCCACGAGCAAGUAUUACGAUACCAAGUUCUCUGAAGCCAUGCUAACGGUAAGCCCCAUACAGCAAAGCCUGCGCACCAUUAAAGCCAAAGUGUCUCAGACAGAAUCCACAGUGUAAGUGCUGACUUUACAGCCCAAACUUUUCCCUCACAGUGUGGUUUGUACAAUUUCACUGUUUGAAAGGAAAUUAUGCAAAAACUUCAUCCAUCACUUUUGGAAACUGAAAGGAACUUGAAAUCAGCAACUUGGAAUUACUUUGGAGCAUAAUGUAUAACUAACUUUGUCAUGAAAAGCUUUAUGAGCGGAGAAAUACGUGAGAGAACUUUUUAUAGAAGGCUGCAACUGAUGAAGAAUCAGCCCAGGAUUCAAGUAGAAUUGAAACUAAAAUGGUUGUCCUGUAAAAGUGUUCAAAAGAUUGGUUUCAAAUCUGAAAAGGCAGGUAUGUAGCCAUUACAUAAUGAGGUGAAAAAAUGGUGUGUAAAAGUAGUUCCAAAAUGAUGCUUCAGUGACCAACACAAAAAACAAAUGACUUGUUUUUUCCCCUCCUUGUAAAACAAGUGUUAUUGCAGUAUUUAUCUAUUUCUGCUAUCACUGAAAUUAGAAUGUGACACAGCGAUUACUGCUGAACUUUUAAAUUAUACAUACUAUGUAUAUAUACACUGUGUGUAUAAAAUGUGUGUAUAUAAUAUAUAUAAACUAGGCACCAUAGUGCUAUAUGUCUUUGUGCUUUCUACUGACUUAAUAAAGCUGUGUCUUUGCCAAUGAAA